GUUUGUUAAUUUACAUUAAAGAUAAAAAAUAUUUGAAAGCGAAAAGACAUUGUACAAUUAUUGCUUAAUGGAAGUACUUAUUUAAUUGUUUAUUUUAACAACAAAUGUUUAAAUUUCGUAACUUGAAAUGAACUGCGUUGGUGAUAUUUAUUUUUGGCGGCAGAGCUUAGUCCUCAUGGCGGACUGCACGCACUCCAUUGGAACUGGUUUGAUGUUGUCGUUCCCGGCUGUCUUGAAUCCUAGUAUCUUAUCUCCUAGUAGCACUGAAAUCUCUGUCACACCAGACGAAGCUUCUUGGAUUGCCGCGAGUCAUGGAUUUUCCGGAGUCAUCGGAUUUUGUAUAAUUCCACCACUUAUGCAAAUAUUUGGGCGUAAAUUCGCCUUCUUCAGCAUGAACAUCUUAGUUAGUAUUGGUUUUUUCGUGUUUGCCCUCGCGAACAGUAUAUCUGCACUAUACGCUGCCAGAAUUAUUCAAGGAAUGUCAUUAUGCGGAGUUUAUAUAACAGCUAUUGUACUUGGAGAGUAUUCUCACCCAAAAAGAAGAGGAUAUUUCAUAACACUAAAAAAAGCUUCGGUUGCGAUAGGUUCGCUCAUGUGUCACUCCAUGGCUUCAUAUUGGACUUGGAGACAAAUUGCGGUAUUUGCGAUCAUACCUCAAAUCGUUUCAAUUAUAUUAACCUGUUUAUGGCCUGAAAGUCCAGCUUUUCUGGCGAUGAAGGGGAGGUAUGAAGAGUGCAGUGCAUCCUACAAUUGGUUGCAUGGUGACACUCCGAAGAAUAGGAAAGAUUUGGAAGAAAUAAUAGCAGCGCAACAUGAUAGACGGCAGAAGGAUAAAAAUACCAAAAAGGACAAAUUGGUAGCGUUUUUUAAGAAACUCAUGCAAAGGGAUUUUCUCAGAUCUUUCUUAAUCGUAUCCGUUCUAACGAUGAUUAUUGAUGCGUGUGGUAGAUAUUACAUGCUUGCUUAUAUUGUCGAAAUUUUGAUAGAAAUAACUAGAGAUAAGUCUAUCGCUGUGUACUGUACUAUUGGCGCUGACGUUUUAACAUUGGUCGCGCUAUCAACUUCUUGUUUCAUUAUAAGAUGUUUUAAAAGAAGAACAAUACUGUUUACAGCAGGAAUAUUAUCAGUAUUUUUAAUGUUUCUAACAAGUUUUCUCACAUUUUUGGAAUCAAACUACAAUAUUUAUAUUUAUUUCUGGUUAACACCUUUUAUAAUACUUUUGAAUGUUUUCAUUGUUAAUGCUGGUGUUGUUCCAGUUUGUUUUGCAAUAAUCGGGGAAAUAUUACCAUUAGAACAUAAAGGUACCGGAGCAUGUACGACUGGCAUAGUUUUUACGAUUCUGUAUGCCCUUGUCAUGAAAUUAACUCCAUUGAUGAUGGACAAAACAGGUAUUGUGGGUACGUUUGGCAUUUACGGCAUAUGUGUGAUAGCUGGUUUGGUUAUUUUAUAUUUUGUUCUAAAUGAAACUAAAGAUAAGACUUUGCAAGAAAUAGAAAAUGAAAUUAAGGGAAAUAAGUCUUCUGUAUUUUUAAAAGAUGAGCCUUUGAUGUCAUGAGUAAUGAUAAAUAGUUUAGGCUGAAUAUAAAAAGGUUAAACUCUAGAAAUAUAUUAAAAGAACGGAAAGUUACAAUUUUUUCAAAAGAUCUCCUUCGUCUCUUACGUAACAUACGUAACAUCUUAUCAUGGUCAUUUAUUUAUAGCAUUUGUUUUAAUAUGUAAAUAUAUAUUUGACUAGCUCGUUGAUCUGUUUG